UCACGGGGAGGCGGGAUUUCCGGUCCCUGCAGCGCCUUCCCAGGACCGUCGGGGAGAGCCGGCCGCCUCUUAGGCGGACAGAAAUGGACUCGGAAACCCAGGAAGAAAUUCCUGUGCAUGAGGAAUUCAUUUCAUGUGGUGGAGGCGAGACCCAGGUUCUAAAAUGUGGACCCUGGACAGACUUUAAUGAUCUAAGUGUCGACAGGCCUAAGCUGCUUAUUUUCAUUAUUCCCGGUAACCCAGGUCUUUCUUCCUUUUAUGUGCCAUUUGCAAAGGAUUUGUACUGUUUGACAAACAAACGCUUUCCAGUUUGGAUUAUUAGUCAUGCUGGACAUGUCUUGCCCCCCAAAGACAAGAAGAUUGUGACAACAUCAGAGGGUCCAAAUGCUCAAGAAAUUAAGGACAUCUAUGGACUCAGUGGUCAAAUAGAACACAAACUAGCCUUCCUGAGAACUCAUGUGCCAAAGGAAAUGAAGCUUGUGCUCAUUGGCCAUUCCAUAGGCUGCUAUAUUUCUCUUCAGAUCUUGAAGCGUGCUCCAGAGCUCCCAGUAAUCCGUGCCUUUCUGCUUUUUCCAACAAUUGAGCGCAUGUCUGAGUCUCCCAACGGCAGGAUUGCCACUCCACUUUUGUGCUGGUUUCGAUAUGCUCUCUAUGUUAUUAGCUAUUUAUUAUUUAAACCAUGUCCUGAGAAAAUCAAGUCCUUGAUAUGCAAAAUGAGCCUUCAAGCAAUGAACGUGAAAAAUGAAUUUUUACAGAUGAAUAUGUUAGAACCAUUCUGCAUUGCUAAUGCUGUCUACCUUGGGGGCCAAGAAAUGAUGGAGGUUGUGAAGAGAGAUGACGAAACCAUAAAGGAAAAUUUACCUAAGCUUACAUUUUACUAUGGUACUACAGAUCGAUGGUGUCCAAAAGAGUACUAUGAAGACAUCAAGAAAGAUUUUCCAGAAGGAGAUAUUCAGCUGUGUGAGAAGAACAUACCUCAUGCUUUCAUCAUGAACUUUAGCAAGGAAAUGGCCACCACGGUUGGUGGCUGGCUCAGGGAGGAGCUCUCCAAAUUCUAAUACAGUGACACAGAAGAUAAGCACCCACAGCCGGUACACAGAGGCUGGAGGUGUCCUAUACUUAGUAGGCAAAUGGCUAGUUUUGAUGUUUGAUAUUAGAAAAGAACUACAUGAGAACCUCUUGGCUUAAAAACUACUGGCUCCCAGCUUUCCACACUCCAGGCUAAAGUAAGCACAUCUGAUCAUUCCAUAGGGUUAACACAGUUUCCAAGACUCAAGGAACAUGGCGAUCUAUAAACAUGGUCUCAUGUUUGCACAAGAUGCCCAGUGGCACCCUGUGGUAUAUUUUAGUAGGCAGAACCUUUGCAGGCCAAAGAAAAAAAUCUAGAUUUAGUUUAUUUUGGGUUACAUUUUAGAAUAGGCUCUUCUGGAGGAAA